AUGAUAGAAAUCAUCGUUAAUGAUCGAUUGGGCAAAAAGGUUAGAAUCAAGUGCAACCCGCAGGAUACUGUUGGUGACUUGAAAAAGCUAGUCGCCGCGCAGACUGGUACCAGAUAUGAGAAGAUCGUUCUCAAGAAGUGGUACACCGUGUUCAAGGACAACGUCACCCUCUACGACUACGAGAUCAACGACGGCUGUUCACUCGAGCUCUACUACGCCUAA